UGUAAAUAAGAUAUGGCUGAACAGGAGUCGGUAUAAAGGAGGGUGACAAAGAUAACAAUGGAACAUAAGAAGACCAACGAACAGGUCAGAUGCAUUCUUGAAUAUAAUUCGAGAAGUACCCAGGUAGCUGAAAUCCUGCAACGCCAUUGGUCUAUCCUCCUAACAGAUUCAUCUUUGUGUGAUGCACUUCCACCCUUACCAUCGAUUACUUAUCGCCGCAGCAGGAACAUAAAGGAUACUUUAGUGCACAGUCACUACACCGAAGGCGACAAAAAAGGAUAUCUAUUUGGAGGUAAGGGUCCCAGAUCAGGAAAUACACCCUGUGGUAAAUGUGUCGCUUGUCCUAAUAUGGAGAAAACUACAUCCUUCAAUGAUGCUACAGGGACUAGAACCUAUAAGAUACAUCAUCUGAUUACAUGCACCACAAAAGGGGUAAUUUAUGCAGCAACAUGCCCCUGCAAUUUGACCUAUAUAGGGAUGACCACGAGAGAAUUUCGGCGACGGAUCAGAGAGCAUGUAUUAGACAUACAAGCAGCAAAAAAUGAGACUGACAUUGUCCAACUAAAGUCUAUUCCUCGUCAUUUCAGAGAAAAACAUGAAUGCAACAGCUCUCUCCUCCGAUUUAGAGGCAUUGAUCAUGUGACUAUUGGACCACGUCAAGGUAACUGGCCGAGGAUAUUAGCCCAGCAUGAAACUCGAUGGAUCUUUAGAUUGGGAACAAUGGCACCCCAAGGCUUGAAUGAGGUCCUGUUACCAUAUGGAAAUUCACCCUGCAGUCAUGAAGCUAUGUGAAUAAUGUUCAACUCCAAGCUCUCUGUCAUAUUUUACAUUGUGAUAUUGGCUAUUAUCUUGGACAACGCUGCUGCAUCAUCCGGGGCUCUUUUUCACUCAUCAUUUUUAUUAUUAUCAUUUUUUGAUAUUUAUAUUGUAUAUUUUUUUAUAUUUUUUCAUGUCUCUAUUUAUUAGACUGGUUAUCCUGUUUUUUUCAAAAAAUGGGUAUGCAAUAACUCAUAUACAUAUGUAUGCACAAUUAAUCUAUUUUAAGAUCCCUAGAUUAUGUGAUCACUGGUUAAAGUGGUAUUUGGGUAAGUAUACCUCACAUUUGUGAGCACUUUGCACACUUUUUUCACCCACACUCCUUUGCACUGUUUUGUUUUUUGCAUGCAUCACGUCUUUGGUCUCCUUCUUGAUUUAUUGAGACCUUCUCUCAUGUAAAUGUAAAUAUUUGUGGGCACAUUGCAAUAUGGUGCUUGGCACAUAUGGGCUCUUGUAACCCAUUGUCCCAUGUUACCAACUUUGUCUAUACCAUGGUAUCACGUGAUUAAUAUUAUAAAUUAUUAUAUGUAUUUCAAUAAUUAACAAGAAUCAACUAUUUAUUUAUUUAAUGUCUCUAUUAUAUGUAUAUAUUUAUUUUUUUGUUUGUCGCAUUCAUCACCCUUCAAUGUCACAUCACCAUCUUAUUCACUCACAUUCUCUUACUCACACACAUAUAUACUUAUUCUAGGGAAUAUGUUAGUUUAACACAUAUACUUACCUAUAUCACGCCUAUUUUUUGUACUCUUAUGUGCAUAUUGCAUAACAGAUUAUUCUGUGCUGAGUGUCUAACAUAUAUUUUUUAUAAAUUUUUUAUCAUCUAUGUAUUGUUCUUCAUAAUGCAUACUUUAUUGGUAGAGCACGUUCUGCUUCUUGGUGUGUGCUCGGGGUUGCCGCCCGUCCCCCCCCCUCCACUGCUGAUUCGUCGUUGUGGUUUGCGGGGGGCCGGGCUGUGUUCCCGGUCACGUGCUUUGAUGCGAUCACAUGAUCGGGCUGCUCCCGGCGUGUGCCCGCCCCUGGGGUGGCGCUCCGCGUCAUACUUUGUGGCGUGGCGUGUCGCUCCAUGGGCAUAUCAUCCGCCGGAAGUGUCCAUGACGUGUUCGAUCAUGCGCCGUUGUGAUACUCUACACGGCCCGAAUUGCUCCGGUUGGUACAGGUGAGCGGUAGGAGGUACCACGCCUUAUACUCCUGUAUGGCUUAUCAUUUGGGCGCAAACGCCCUCUUAUGUAACUGCUUGGGCGCAGCGCGAUGACGUAGGUGUGACAGGUCAUGUCAUGAUUGGUCUAUAGCCAUAUAAAAGGAGGGGUGGAACUGGCAUAGACCACGCCCCGGAUGAAGCAGUAGCGAAACGUUGGGUUAGGUGUUGGUUACCCAGGUAUACUCUGUCCCACUGUGGUUUUCUAUAUGUUGUUAUAUAUUUUGCUAUAAUCUAUUCAGCACUAGAGCAACCUGUUUUAUCAUGUUAUAUCUUCUCAUGUGGGUUUAGGCCCAACAAUAAGGAUUUGUUUACAUACAUUCCUGUGUUUUACAUCUAUCUUAUUGGUAGCCAUCAUUCUUUAGUCUGGUCCAUUGUGGCCAUCAUUAUAAUGUGUAUUGUACUUCUUUCAAUCCCUUUUAUGGGUUUUUAAUGCU